CUCAAAUUAAAAAAAAGUUGAAACUCGAUACGGCGCACCCACUUUCCCCCAACCUCUCUCGAAUCCAUCAACCGCCGCGAUAACUCCAUAGACCUCGAUUCCGCCACCGCAUGCAUUAACGAGCAGGGAGAAUUCUCUUCCAUCAACCUCCGAAUCCCGCAAAAUGCUUUCAAGACUAGUUCGACCAAUUAGUUAUCAUCUCCUCCAAAGAAUCACACAAUUUCCCAUUCCGCAGCAAAGAUACACAACCACAAGUUUCCGUGUUUUAUACUCGACUUUAUCUAUUUGCGACGAUUUUCCAAAGAAGCUCAAGAAGUUUGAGAGGAAGCCAUUGGUAACAUGUAUCAACGAGUUAAAACGACGAGGUAGGGAGAAGAGAAAGGAGAGACAAAAGGUGGGUGAGAUUGUUUUACCGUCUCCUGAAAAUGGAUUGCUGGUUCAGAAAUUAGUUCCUAUCGCUAAGGAGAUUUUUGCUGCUAGAUCUGAAUUAUUGUCCAGUCUUUCGAGACUUGUGAAGUAUAUUGCUAUUUAUUCAUGCAGCAUAUGUGGAGAAGUUCAUGUUGGUGAUCCACCACAUCAAAUUAGAACAUGUAAUGUUAGAGGAAGCUUGUCAAGCAAAGAACACAGUUGGGUCAAAGGUGGUAUUGAACAUAUUCUGCCUCUUGUCGAGUCAUUUCAUCUAUAUGACAGAAUUGGGAGGGCUGUUUCACAUAAUGAAAUGCUUCAAGUGGACCGAAUUCCCGCAAUUGUUGAAUUGUGUAUCCAGGCAGGUGUUGACAUACCUGAGUACCUUACCAGGAGAAGGACCUUUCCUGUUUACUGCGUUGCUGGUCGGAUAAUCGAUUUUGAGAAAAGAUUUCCUAAAGAAAUUUCUUUGGACAAAGAUAUAGACGAAUUGGGAUUUCCAUAUAAGAAAAAAAGAUUGGAUGAAGACACAGAUUCCAUGGAAAUGCAUUGUGAUGACAUCCAAGCUGUUGCUAUCCGAGGCAUGAAAGCCUGGAAGAAAAUGUGCUCCGGAGCUUCAAAACUUAUGGAGAAGUAUGCUGUACAAACUUGUGGAUACUGUCCAGAGGUACAAGUGGGACCUAAAGGUCAUAGAGUGCGAAAUUGUCAAGCUUACAAACACCAGAUGAGGGAUGGGCAGCAUGCAUGGCAGGAGGCUACAAUAAACGAUUUUGUGCCUCCUGUAUAUGUCUAUCAUAUUCAAGAUCAGCAACCCAAUCAGCCUUUGGUAAAUGAGUUGAAAAGGUACUAUGGUAUGUUACCCGCAGUUGUUGAGCUAUUUUCACAGGCUGGAGCACCAGUUGAAAAGAAUUAUGCACAUACAAUGAGGGUAGAUGUUGUAGUACCUGAUAUGGAUGAGGAAAAGUUGGUUGUUUAGAGCAAAUCGAUCGAAUGACUUCCUGCGCAUGGAGGAACUGUUUGGGCAUUGGAAGAGUCUGAUUUAAAAAUUAAGGUAUAAUUUAUUUCAAAUUGCAAAGAUUGUGUAGUUGGGCAAAGAUAGAUGAUGUAUAUAGUGAGUGAUCAAGGAUGGAUAGUAUGAUAAUGAGUACGUCGGACUAAGUUAUCUUGUAUUCUGCUGGCAACUAAGUUUUGCAGUCUUGAUAAUAUGGAACACAUUUGCUUUUGACA